AAGUUUAUGAAGACGCCGCAAUGCAAAUCAAUCCCCAUGACGAUGACCAUCCGGAAAUCCGGUUGCCACGACGUCAACCUAAAGGUCAAGUACUGUGGAGGUAUGUGCCAAUCCUACUAUAUUCCCAUUCCUCCCGUGUCCCGCAAGGAUCGAAGAGAUAAAAAAGUGGAAAGGUUAGCCCACAAGAUUUGCUCGUUUUGCAAGCCGAAAAGUUACAAGUACAGAAAUGUGGAGUUCACCUGCCCGAACAGCAGGUACGGACCGAAAGUACAGAAGAAAGUUCGAGUUAUUGACCGGUGCGCUUGCACUAACCUGCCACUU